UUCAGCUCCGGGGGGACUCCCCCAUUCCCGAACCACCAUUGACCACCCCCUUUGGGUGGUGGAACCAACAACCCAACAACCCUCGCUCCCAAAAACAAAAACAAAAAGAAGGAAAAAGCAGGAAAACCCACCAGAACCCAAAGCCAAAGGUCCGAUCCGCACUUUGUGUGCCACCCUUUCUUGCUUUUCAUUCAUAAAUGGAUUUAAAGUGGAUGCAAUCUGGGCCUGAAAGUGGGUGGUUGGGUGCUUCCAGGGGGUGGUUCUGGGGAGGAGGGAGCGGAUUAUUAACAUGAGUAUGCACUUGGAGCCUUCAUUAUGAAAUUAAAUGUAUACACCACCCCUGUAAAAACAUAUGUACUUAUAUGUUUUCAUACCGAGAAAUACGUGUUGGUUUUCGUAGAGAUUUUCAUGGUUUUCCCUUACAGGCUUCAGCAGAAAAUAUUCCACGAAAAUGAACAGAUCGAUGUCGUUGGUUGAACUAAUCCACUAGAAAUUGUAACCAAUGAUGGAAAUUACUAUAAAUUGUUGAACGGAAAAGCUUAAACUUAAUUUACUUACUUCCUUGCAAUAUUUCUUGCCCACCCAACCAAAAAUCCAGUUCUUACGAUUAAAAACAAAUUCAAUCAGGCUGAUUGGCAAAGCAACCCUGAAAACACCCCUGCGACCAUCCCAUCGGAAUCGAAUACUUUUCGGAUUACUACCGUCGGUCAGCAUAAUCCUUGGAGAGCCCAUGAAAACCAUCCAUCAAGUUGUCAAAUCGGGCAGAAGAUGAAUGGAAGCCAGUUAAGGGGAUUACUUUGGAGAAUCGUAACUGAUAUGAUAAGUGUGCCCGGAUAGUGAGGGGCUUAUCGACUGGCGGUAAUCUGGCAACCCUGGUUCGGGCAACCCCAAUGGUGUGCGACCAUACUAAAUGCCUGUCAAAAAGCUGAUCUGUCAAGAUAUUGAAAGCCAAUUUUUUUCUCGUGACUUUGAAUUCGUUUUCGCUGAAAGCCUUAAGUGGUUUUAGGCAGCAGCAAGCAGCGCGAGACGAGCAAGGAACAGUUUUCAGAAAGAUUCAGCCAGCAGAAGCGGUGCACGUGAGCGAUAUGGCCGAUAUGCACGACCUUGACAAGGGGGAAUGCGACGCACCAAUGGACGGGGAGAUUCCAACCAGGACCAUAGGCACGGGGUCCGAGAAGCCCGGACCUGACGGCGAAGGCGGGAAGCCGGAGGUCGAGGCGGAACCGUCUUCCAACGCCAAUGGGGAGCAGGACCCUAAGGGCGGAGAAUCCGCCAAGAAAGCCGACUCAGAUCAGCAGGCCGGUGCUGCGCCUGAGGUGCGCGAGAUGCUGCUCGAUGAGGAGCAGUUGUCCCCCAAACAGGGCCUGGAAGAACCACCUCUCCCAGGAGAUCUUCACCAAUCCGGGGAUCAGAAUAAGACGCGUGAGUUGGGCGGACUCUCGGACCCGGAGGAGGAAGCUCCUCCUUGCCCAUCCGCGGAGAACCCAAAGCAGUCUGAAGGGAAAUCCUUGCCAAAGCGCGAUUCUCAUGAUCCGGUAAAUUGCGCAAUCGCUCCACGAGCCAAGCGACCAAAACUGGUGGACCAAAAAGACGAAGACUCCACCCCAAACCAGGCCACCCCGUCCUCCGAGAACGAGGCUCCCGCUCAGCGCAUUGACCGCUCCCAAAACUAAACUAUACCAUCUCAAUACUGAAGUUACCUCACACAAACAGUACACCGAAACAACUUUAAAUUUAAUUUCACUGAAAUAGUUUGUACCUAAACUCAAUCGACACUCCCAAUGAUUAAACUUGUUGAUGGAUUGAAGCGCUUUUGGCAUGCAGAAAUCUUCACUUUUAGAGAAUCUAGAAUAUGCUUGCCCCUUACCAACUUCAUUUCGAAAGUGAGCGCUUUCCGAGUGCAUCAAAACAAAGAUGUUGUUGAGUACUAAAUAACAAUUAGUUGCUACGCUUGUUCUAAACUGUAGUGCUUUUCCCCGCCACACCGCGAUUCGUUCGUUUUUAUGGCCGGCAAAGCGUCAAGUCAUGCUUCAAGCCAUUAGGUGGAAAUCUGUAAUCUCAAGUUUAGCGAGCUCCUCCCCAAACCCUCAGCCCCCACCACAGCCUCGGCUCAGGGCCUAAAACUUCUCACAAA